AUGGGUUUGGGAACCGAAAUGAAGACACGACAAGUUUUUACCAGUGGGAUCAUCAUUAAACAUGAUGCCAUGACUCAAAAGAAAAACAACAGUAACGAAACAAACGUAUCAUCAAGUCAACGUCAAACAACAUCAAAUACUGCGCAAAACAGUCAACAACAAAGACAAUCUGGAAACAUGAACAAUGGUGACAUACAGCGUCAUAAAGUUUUACGACGUUCACAACGAGCUGGCGUUGUCUUUCCAGUGCAUCGAAUUCAUCGUGUUAUGAAAGAGGGAAACUAUGCUAAAAUCGCCCGAGACGGUGCUGCUGUCUACAUGGCUGGUGUUUUGGAAUAUCUAGUAGCCGAAAUAACCGAAUUAGCAGGAAAUGCGGCCCAUGAAAAUAAACGACGUCGUAUUACGCCUCGUCAUAUUCUUUUGGCUAUACGUAAUGAUGAAGAACUGAAUAAGUUAUGUCAACACGUAACUAUUGCUGAAGGUGGUGUUAUUCCACAUCUUCACGAAGUAUUGCUUCAAUCGAAACGUAGUAGUCAAAGUUCACGAGGUUAUGCAUCCAAGAAAAAGUCACCGCCAAACAAACAAAAUAAUACAGAAGGUGAUACAACACCGAGUGACGACGACGACGACGACGAUGAUGAUACUAUGAAUCAAUAA